AUGGUGGUGUCAUCUGAAGGGGAGCGUGCAGCUGUUGCUGCUACAGUGGAACCAGCUAUUACAGGGUUACCAGCCAGUAUAGGGUUACCAGCAGCCAGAACGACGCAUGCUGUUCCUCUGCAUGCUGUGUCUGAUGGUCGCGUUUCCUCUCACGCUGAGCCUGCUUCUGAAGGGAAAGGCAAAGCUUCGGUUUCUCCAGUCGCUUUGCAGCAGGAGGGAAUUGGGGUUGUUGCACCUGCUGGUGCUGGUGCUGGUGCUGCUGCUGCUGCUGCUGCAGGAGCAGCUGAUGCGACUAUCCCCACUGCAGCAGCUAUACCAGCUGAAGCUGUAUCUGCUGAGGCUGUAGCACCCGAAGUUGCAACUGCCAAGGCUGCACCUGCAGAGUCUGUUGCAGCCAAGGCAGCAGAUGCUGAGGCUGCUGCGUGUGCGCUAGCAUCGUCUGCUAAGGAAAAAACUGCUGCUGAUGCCACAACUGGUUUGACAGAGAGAACCACAGAGGCUGGUGGCGGAGAGAGGCAGCCUGGAGUAGGGGAUGUGGGCGAGGGAAGGGGUGGUGCGGUGAAUGGGCACCACUUCCUCAAGGGAAGCUGGUACUACCGGGACGGUAUGGGCAAGGAGCAGGGCGGGGUGUCGUUCACCCGCCUGCAAUGGAUGGUUAGUGCAGGGUUGCUGGUGGAAGGAACAAGCGUGUGGCGCAAAGAGGAUGACCUCUGUUUGCCUGUGGUUAAACUCUCCCUACUCACACCCUACUUACACCAGCUGCAGGACCCUAAGUUUGUUUCUACGCUCGGGCUGAGAUUAGGGUUAGGGUUAGGGUUGGGUGUGGCCCCGCCGGUUCCUCUGGCUCGGGAUGGGUAUCCCCUGGUGGUUCCAGGGUUGGAGGUGGGGGAGAGAGGGGUGAUGCUGCGUGGGCCGGUGUUUGCUGCUGGUGGCGGCAGGGAGGGAGUGGUGGAGGAAGAAGAUUGGGAUCCUAGGUUGGACCGAGGGGAUAGGGUGGAUGCAGGGAGGGGGAAGCGCACCCUGGUAGGCCAAAAGGAAGGGAGGGAGGGGACGGAGAGAGGGGUUGUGCUGCGUGGGCAGGUGGUUGCUGCUGGUGGCGGCAGGGAGGGAGUGGUGGAGGAAGAGGAUUGGGAUCCUAGGCUGGACCGAGGGGUUGCAGUGGAAUCAGGAAAGGAGAAACGCAGUUUGGGCCAAAAGGAGGGCAGGGAGGGGAGGCGGAGGGAGGGGAGUGGGAGCAGGGAGGGGGUUGAGUUGGAGGGGCGCUGGGAGGAUGUGGCUAGGGAAGGUGGCAGGGAGAUGGUUUUGGUGGGGAGUGCUGGAAAGGAGGAGCACGUGGGUGGUGGGUGUAUAGGCGGCGGGGAUGGGGGCGUUGAUGAGGAUGCGCAUGCGCUUGCGAUAUUGGUGCAGGCAGGGUUGCAGUCCGCUGCGUUAAGAGCUACCCCAGAACCAGAUAGUAGACCUCAUUCUGAAAAGCAAUUGGUUGAGCCCGGUUCCAGGCAGGGAGAGGCGUGUGGAAUGCUGGAUGGGGGUAGUCGGUUCAAGGAUGAGGAGGUGGAGGAGGGGGAGGAAAUUGAGGAAGGGCAUGGGAGGAUGGGGGAGAUGGAAGGGAGGGUGAGAGAGCAAGGGGUGGGGCAUGGUCUGCUGUUCCUGGCAGCAGCAUGGGAGUCCGUGGGUGGUGAAGUGGGCAUCGGAGGGGAGGAAGAGGAAAAAACGGAUAAGAAGGGAGAGGAGCAGGCAGAGGGGAAGGCAGAGGGGCAGGCGAGCGAAAAGGCAGAGGAGAAGGUAGAGGCGAAGGGAGGGGAGAAGGAGCAGCAGCACCAUGGAGAACUGGAGGGGGAUGGGCCUUGUGGGGUGGUUCCAGAUGUUCCUGAGGGGCUCCACGUUCCUGAGGGGCUCCACGUUCCUGAGGGGCUCCACGUUCCUGAGGGGCUCCACGUUCCUGAGGGGCUCCACGUUCCUGAGGGGCUCCACGUUCCUGAGCGGCUCCACAAAGGUAAGUGCGUUCCUGAGAAUGAAGGGACAGAGAGGGGCGAGACCAGGGCUGUGAGCUUGGCUGCUUCUGGGCUACUGCAAAGGGUAGAGGACACGACUUUGAGAGUUGACUCCGAUAUAGCUGGGAAAGGGGAGACGCGCUCGAGUGCUGGUGGCUUGGCUGCUCCCUCGGGGUUAGGUGUCGAAGGGAGGGUAGCCGGCAGCUGCGCACGGGAGGGUGCGAUCGGUGGGGGUGCAGCAGCAGCAGCAGCAGCAGCAGCAGCAGCAGCAGCAGCAGAUGCUGGCACUGCAAUAUCAGCUGCUGGUGGAGCGAUGCUGGUUGGGAAUUCAGCAGCAGGGGCAUUUUCAGGGUGUCUGCCCGAAAUGGGGCAGGAGAAAGAUCUCAUCGAGAUGCCACAGAAAAGCUUGGCAGCGGAUGUGGGGAAGGAGAAGGAUUUCGUAGAGAUGCCGUUCAGCCGCUACUCCCGUCGCAGAACCAUGGGAGUUAAAGCCCAUGUGCAUGCGAGUGCCCCUCUAGGGCCCUCUACAACCUCCCAUGUGAUCCCCGUUGCCUCUGUUCCUGUUCCUGCACCCACUAUUGGGCUUCACUCUUCUGACCCGCUGGCCGCAGCCGGUGUUAAGUCCUCGGGUGUUUCUCCCUCUGUUACAAUCACGACAGUGAAGGGGAGCCUAGAGGGUGCAGUCAAGGCGGAGGAGGGGGAGGAUGUGACUGAAAAGGAGGUGAUUACCCUCCUCUCCUCAGGCCUCCUUAGUCCAGACCCCACUCGCGGGCAUGUUCUUUCUACGGGGCACUGUGCGCGGGAGGGUGGGGAAGGUACUACUGGUGAAGUAGAGGGAAAGGCUGGGGAAGAAGACCAGAGUGAGGGUGUGCGUUAUGGUGGAAGGGAGGAUGGGGAAAUGGGGGGCAAGAUGGAGAUGGAAGGGCAUGAGGCAAAGGAAUGGGAACACGGAGAGAGGGGGAGUGGAGAGGAGGGGUACAGAGAGGGAGGCCAUGGAGAGGAGGAAGGGUGUGCGGACGAGGGGCAUCCGGAAGGGGGGGAGCAGCAGUACGAAUUAGUACCACACGAGUACAAGCCAUGGGUAGGACCUGGAGGGUGGGGAGACAGCAGAGGGGUGUCAGAUACGGAUGACUCACGUGUGGCCACUCCAGAGCUGGCAGGUGCGGCUGCUCUCACCAUGCUGCUGCCCUCUGCUGAGGCUUUUGAGAUGACUCACCACAGGUCACCGUUGAGUCACAACAGGUCGCCGCUGACUCACCAUAGGUCACCGCUGAGUCACAACAGGUCACCGCUGACUCACAACAGGUCGCCGCUGAUUCACAAGUCACCACUGAAUCACAAGUCACCGUUGAUUGACACGAUUCGCAUAUCACCUGCUGGGCUGACUGUGCUGCUGCCAGCAGCAGCAGAGGCGCUGCACUCGACUCACAAGGCACCUGCUGCUGUGGUCUCCGCAUUGCUAACAGCAGAGCACGGAGGGUUAGGGGAGGUGUUACCUGGGGACACCAUAUCUGGAGGCAUAGACUCCCCUGUUUCUUGCGGUGCUAAACCCACAUCGAGGGGGCGUAUACCGCAAAAACGUGUUCGUGGCUCCUUGACUGCCCUGUCUGCCCGUCCUGACCCUUCUGCCCCUUCUGCCCCUUCUGACCAUUCUUCUCCGUCUGCUCGCUCUGCCCUGCCGGUCUCGGUUCGGAAGCCUGUGGAGCUAGGGUUUCCGUACCUGCAGUCGUUGUUCUGGGUGCUGCCGUCUGCUUCGGUGGAGCGGGACGUGCUGCCUCUCAUUCUGCCCGCGCAGCUGGGGCAGCUGGGAGGAAGGGCUGCGCUGGCAGUUACUGCAGCAGCAGCAGCAGCAGCAGCGGAGGAGGAGGAGGACGAGAGGCAAGGAGGUUAUGAAGGGCAGACGCUGCAGAGGCAGGAGGAGCAGCGUGUAGCUUCGCCAGCAGGGAAAGAGUUGGCCCUUGUUGUUGUGUCGAGUCAUCCUGUGGAGGGGACUGGUUUGGAAGGACAUGCAGAUGCAAGUGCAAGGGGCGAGUUUACAGCCUCACAGAUGGGCGCCCUAACACCAUCGAUAGCAGCAGCUGCAACCGCUACUGCAGCCUCUACUGCAGCAGCAGAAGAAGAAAUAUUGAGGGAAGUUUUUAGGAAAGCGGGUUGCUGCGACGGCUGGCAGUCAGCAUGCGGCCUCAGUUUCUUUGCCUAUGUCCGAUCCAAGCUGCAUGAUGCAGCUCUGGCUGCUUUCCGAGCCAAGAUUGCCAAGGCUGCGCUUGCCGAGGCUCUGGAUCGGUUCCUGGCCACCGGGAGCGCCGAGCUGCCCGGACCUGCUCCCGAAGCUCUGCCACAGGGUUGGAGUGCAGGUGGGGUGGUGCAGGUGGGUCAGGUACGGAAGCAGGAGGUAGAGGAUCGGGACGAAGUGGGGAGGAGGGACAAUAAGGUUGGAAGAAAGAGGGAGGAGGAGGGAGAUGGAGGGUUCAGGGAUCGACAAAGAAUGAAGAGCCAUCAGGAGUUGUUGAAAACGAAGGGUGGAGACUCGAGGAAGAGACAUCGCGGGGCAGGAGAGGGGGCAGCAGGGGCAGGUGGGGCAGGUGGGGCGGGUGGGGCAGGUGGGGCGGGUGGGGCGGGUGGAGCAGCAGCAGCAGGAGCACUGAGAGGUCCACCUCCAGUGAGAAGGAGGAGAUUGUUAAUGGGUGGGGACAGCAGCGAGUCAGAGGAGGAAGGAGGAGCGGUGACAGUAGAGGCUCGGAAGAGAGUGAAGCAGGAGGAGGGGCCGCAGGGAGGAAGGGAGCGGCAGAGGAAGGGGCAGGAGGGGGUAGUGGAGGGGAAGGGAGAGAGGAUGGAAGGGAAGGAGGGGAGGGUUGUGAAACGGGAGUGGGAGCAGGAGGAGGGGGGGCAGAUGCAACAGCUCGUUGCAGGCCCACGGGAGGGUGAAGGCAAAGUGAGAGAGGCCAUGAAAGGUGGCUCGGGUGCUGCUGCUGCUGCUCCUUCUGCUGUUGGAGUUACUUCCGAUUACAUGGUCUUUCCUGGGCCUUCUAUGGGUGUGAAGGUGGAGCCAGGAUUGGUGGGAGAAGCAGGGGUCGUUGGGCUUUCAGGUGAACCGUCAGGUGGUUUUUCAGGUGAUGUGAAGCCGGACAGGAGGUUGCCAGCAGGGACUCUGCAGAGCGAGGCUUUUGAAUACGGAGAGACGGAACCGGUCAUCCUUCCUGACCCUCUGGCGGAACUCUUAAGUGCCGUCAUGCAUCCAGAUGCACUGAACCUGGACAAAGCAGUGAAGCCGACUCUAUCUGCCCCUGCAAUGCAACCAGUGCCGCCCACAACUCAGUCAAGCAGCUUCCGCCCCUGCCCUACCGAGUUCCCACAUCAGUCAGAGCUCCCCACACCCUCACAGCCAAAGAAAGAGCAGCCAGUCCAGGCAGAGCUCCAAGCGCAGGCGAAUGUGGGCCUGGCUGAGCUGCUUCUGGGGCAGUUGAAUGGCGAUGCGGCUCUGCUGUGUGCCGUGCAUGGCGCGAUGCUUUUCGGAGAGUGUGCUGCUGCUGGAUCUGUUGAGUCUAGGCACUCGCGUGCAGGAUUCUGCUGUUGGAGUGCUGGAAGUAUGUAG